AUGAGUGAAGAUAAUAAAGUAUUGCUCGAUGUUUCUGAUGCUCCAAAUGAAGUACCAGAUUCCAAGUUCUCAACAGUCGAAGCCGUUGAUACAGAUUCUGUGGUCGAGGGUAUGGCUGUGUUCGAUUCAAAAGAAGUGCUAGCACUCAAGGUUUCGAUUGGUAAAGAUGAAAUUAUAAUGGCCGAAGUUGCAGGUUGCGAUUCAGAUUCUAUGCCAGAUGUCGAUAUGAUCACACUGCUCGAUUCAAAUCCUGGGGCACUGGAAGAGAGACUUGAUUCUGUAGGCAAAGAACUGACAUCAUUUGUUGACAUACCAAUGCUUGAAGUAAGUGAAGGAACAACUGUCGAAGAUCCAGCCUCAGAACUUGUUUCUAUACCUAAAGUUACCGUGGAAACAGCGCUCGACUCAGUAGGCAAAAGGUUCAAGCUUGUGGAUAAUUCAUUCAGAGGGGAAGAAGUGGUAACUGCCAAAGAGCCUGAAGCUGAAGUUGUUUCGAUACCAAUCACUUCGGAUGACGAUUGA